UUUUCUUUGGAAAAUAAGUGUAAUCAAACACACCAUUAAUGGAGUGAGAAUUGAAUUGAAUUGAGAGAACCGUGUCUUCAAACUCAAGGAAAACCUGCAUUAAAGGAUUAUCAAUUUUAUUUAUCAGAAGAUGGCAGCUUCUCAAAAGUGUGUAUUAACAACGUAAAUAUAGUGUAAUCCUAGCUGGCCAAAUUCACUGAUACACCUAACGAAAAAGCUGAAUUUCUGGUCCUAAAAAUGAUCCAAUCUUUGAUGUCCAAUUCUACAUGAGAGAGGCUUUCCAUGGGUUACUGUAAAUCCUCCCAGAUCAAAGAUACUCCAGUUUUGAGUUCUACCUUCAUUUGCUACAUUUGUUUUUGAUGGUCCAACCACUCCUAGAACUCAUUUGCUUCUUGUUCUAGUAUGCUUAUCUGCAAUUCCACUUUUGUUUUCAUGUUGUUUUACAUCAUCUCUUAUCAUUGUUUUGUCUAAAGAUGACUGAUUUCAGUCCGUAGUUUCCAAAAACAUGUGAGCAUCACAUCAAGGCUCCACCAAAACCACGAGGAUAAAAACAAAGACGACCCCAAUUAAACUAUGCACAAUCAUUGUUUAUAGAUAUCGAGAAUAGUCCACUGCCAACUAAAUCACAAACAUUUUGAAUCUCUUAGACCGACUUUGGGACUUCUGUCCUGACAAACUAAAAUAAUAUUUUCUUCGUAUAUUUUUCUUUUGUUUGUUUGUUUGCCCACAUCUAAUUGUUCUAUGAUGAAUUUGAAGAUCGUUUAUGAUGAAUUAUGAGCUUAUUUUGCAUUUUAAUACUCUAUCCAUCCCAUAAAAAUAAGCUUGCUUUCCUUUUUUUGUUUGCCCCAAACUAUAUGCCACUUUUCUUGUUGAGACUAUAGGCGAUUUCUGAAUUUUCUAAUAUGCCUCUAUAUAAUGUUCCUUGUUAUCAACAAAUAUGAAUUACUUCUAUGUAAACCAUUAUUUAAUAUAGGGGUACAUUAGGAAAAAUGUGAGUAAAAUUUAUAUAUCCAACUAUAUUAAUUAUAUUUCUUUAAUCUAUGUGAAAAUAAAAAAACCUUAUCUUUAUGAGACGGAAAGUAAGUUUUUGACAUUUUUUGAUUUACAGCGAGGCUUGCACCUCAAAACGCCUUGAGGCUUAUGUUUUGCCUCAUGAAGAAAAAAAUGCCUCAGUAUCCGACUAUGCCUUUUAAAAGAUUUAACAAUAUAAAUCUGAUUUACUUGUUAAGAAAUGAAUUGUGAAAAUAAAAAGGCUGGAAUAAAAUCUACUAUGUAUGUAUAGGGGUCUGUGUACACUGUUCAUUUAAUAGUAGAGACUCACCAGCUACAGUUGCAACACAUCACUGCUGUUCUACUUACAAAGUCUUCUUGUUUUGUUUUUCAGUUUUUCGUUUACAUUUCCUUGCCUUCUAUUUCCAUUAAAAAAUUAUUCUGGAACUAUAUGUCCAGGUUUAAAAGUUUUCUAACUCAGGAUUCGGUCAGUGCUAGUUUUGUAGAUUAUGAGCACAGAGAACAUAUUUUUAUUUAAGUUUUGUGGUAAUUGUGGUAAAUAAUUUAAUGAAGUUACUAUAUGUGAAAUUUAAACAAAGAUAUUGGAUGAUUAAAGAUCACGAACUGAAAUUACAAAUUUUAAAAUUGUUACAUAAGAAAUCCUAAAUCUAUGUAACUUUAAAAUGUGAUAAGGCUACUAUCAAGAACUUUAUAUGUCAAUAAAUCAAUUGAAGGAAAAUAAUGUUAGAAUAACGUUGCCAGGCUAACAUAUUUUCAGUUUCAAAAUAAAAACUUUGAUUUAAUAAUUUUAGGAUAGUGGAAUUCUAAGCUAUAGUUUGGAGCUUUAACAACAAUUUACUUGUCUUUUUAUCUCUGUUUCUUCCUCAUCAUUCUUUGUAAUUCUCUUCUUCUGUUUUCUUCUGUUGUUCCACCUCUUCUCCAUUUUAUAAUCUGCUUGCAUAGCCUAGGCUAUCGCUAUUCUCAAUGACAACCUGACCCACCCUUAUUUCCAGUAUUUUUUGGCAUAUUGCUAGUAAGAAGUAUUCAACUUAAGACUUUGCUUUAGCCUUAAUUUCUGUGACGAUAUUUCUGUAAACAAAAUUGAUAAUUUGUGCUUGACCUCUUGCGCUCUUUUUGCAGAUGAUUGCCACGGUAUGUAUGUUCCUUGCCGGUAAAGUUGAAGAAACUCCUCGUCCUCUUAAAGAUAUCAUACUAGUGUCAUAUGAAAUUAUUCAUAAAAAGGAUCCUGCAGCUGUGCAAAAGAUCAAGCAAAAGGAGGUAUAUGAACAACAAAAAGAACUUAUUUUACUGGGAGAGAGGCUUGUUCUUGGAACUCUCGCUUUUGAUCUCAAUGUACUCCAUCCAUAUAAACCCCUUGUUGAGGCUAUAAAAAAAUUCAAAGUUGCUCAAAAUGCCCUAGCUCAAGUUGCAUGGAACUUUGUUAAUGAUGGGCUUCGGACUUCUCUAUGCUUACAGUUUAAGCCCCACCACAUUGCAGCAGGUGCUAUUUUUCUUGCUGCCAAGUUCCUCAAAGUAAAACUUCCUUCCGAUGGGGAGAAGGUUUGGUGGCAGGAGUUUGAUGUCACACCACGCCAAUUGGAGGAGGUCAGCAAUCAG